CAACAGCCCUCCAACCGUCUGAGGGACAGUGAACUGGCCCCCUGUUUAAAAAGUUUGAAGACCCUUGCUAGGGAAUGGGAUGAAUGUUAUUCCAGGCCAGAUGGUUCCUAGGCUAGGGGACUUUCUCUCCUUUCUUUGGAAGGUCUCAAAGUCCAGAGAGGUUUGUAAUCUAUGGAUUAAAGGUCAUCAAAUAAUAAAUUCUCAAUGUCAAGGCAAAGUGUGGGCAUUUCCUGAAGGAUCCUUUCACAGUGCAGCUUUCUAAUGUCAUUGAGGGAAUGUUCCCCCACAGAAAAAUAAGCAUCCUUUCACCUUUACACACACUGUGUAAUAGAUAAGCCAGGAUACUGAUUCCCAAAGUGUGAUGCCUUCACCAAUAAUGGGGAACGUGUUGAAAAUGCAAAUUCUCAGGCCCACCCCAGCUCCACCUCAGAAACUCUGGAGGUGGAUUCUGCAAUGUGUAUGUUAGCAAAUCUUGCAGGGGGUGGAGGCUGAUGGAUGCUGAAGUUUGGAACAACUAAGAGUUUUUAGUCAAGGGGGAUAAAAGCCAAGAUGCCAUUGUAUUUUUGGUGUAGUUUUAAUUUUUGUUAAAGAUGUUUGUUUGCCUCAUUUAUCUCAUGAACAGGCUCAUUUCUUUCUGAGCCAAGCUAAUUCAUGUUCUUGGCUUAGCAUCAGGGACCUUUUUAACACACUGCAACUUUGUUGAUUGAAAUAGUGCCUUUGCCUUUCAGUGAGAGGUCAUAUCCUAGCUGGUUCCAAAUUUGAUUGUAGCUCCUAUUUUACUUUUUACACUGUGUAGUAAAACAAGUGUUUUUUCAAAAUUACCCGAAGGAAGAAGUGAUGCCCAUAAAAGAUAAGCCUGCAUUAGUGCCACUGCACCUGGGAGGAUGUAGCAUGGCCUAGAAGUUGCCAUAGGUUGGGGAUAGACUGGCACAGUGUGAGGGCCCUGGGCCACACUCCAUUCAGAGGAGCAGUGGGCCCAUUGGUGAAUUGUUUAUACUUCUUGUAUCAACCCUAAUUGCUUGUUUGAACUAUAGACUCCAGUAUUCAUUAUCAUCAUUAGUGACUAAUCAGUAAUUGAUUAUAUGUUUUAAUUUCUCUAAGAGUUCAAUCUUCAAGUCUAACCUCAAUUUCUCAGUCCACCCCCCCCAACAUUUAUUUUUAAGUCUAGGAAUCUGAUAAAGAAAUAGGUAAUUAUCCUUUUAUAACACAACCUUGGCAUGUAUACAUGUAGGUCAAAUUACUGCUCUUAAUCAAAUCCAGAGGGAAAAGGGAGAAGUUCUUAAAUUACUAUACCUAUUUUAAAAUAAUUUUAAUGGCUGAUAAGGGAACAUUAUGGAAUUUCUGGGGUUAUCAAUGACAUUGCAAUUCUUUGUAUCAAGAACUUGGGGAACAGGUUUCACAAAAUGAAACUUAUCAAGCUGAAUUUUGAAUUAGUGGAGGCAGGCAGGCUUUCUGGAACAGGGUUGCCACAGUGUAAACCGUACGGGUAGGAUAAGGUGGCAGUUGAUAUAUUUUAAAUCAAGAGUUGUGGAAUUCAGCCUCUAAUAAUUGUUACAUACCCUAUGCCUUACCAGUUCCUACUGCUGGUCUAGAAUCUGCUGGUUGGGAAUUUUUAGAAAUAAAUCCUAAACUUGGAGGAGAGCUUCUGUGUAACCUAUAGGGAGUGGGGGGUAGAAAAUUGAUACUUGAAAAGGUUGCCGUUUGACUUCCCACAGUAGUAAUAGCAGUGAGCUUUGUGGCAUAUUUUUCUAUUUUCCAGUUGCUACUUCUGGUGGUAAGGCACAAUAGUACUUGUUUAACUGACACACGGAGCACAGGCAGGCAAUACAUCAUAUACCAAAUGGUGUCAACAUUAUGCCAACCCAUUAUCCAUUCUUUUGCCUUUCUUGCUAUUGCUGAGGAAAAUCUGAAUAGGAUCACUUAAAAAAGUGAUAGGAAGGAAACUUUUAUUACCACAUUUGGGACACUCCUAAUCUACUAAAGAAACUAAACUAGUCAAUAUCUGUUUUGUUUUUAUUUUAACCUGUGAUAACAGAGCACCUACACUCUAAAUACUAAAGACUUGCAAGGCCAGUGCUGGUGACAGAGCAAUAACAUAAGGAUAGUGAGAAGAAGUGAUGAAUCAGUGUUACUAGUUUUCAGAGCUUUUAAAUAUGUUAACAUCUUAAAAAUCUAAAUUUUGUCAAAGCAGUAAAAGGGGUACCUAUUUAUAAAUUGCUAAGUUAGAGGCUGUAAGUGGAUAAUUAAUUUUGGAAGAAUGAAGAUCCUGAGAAGUUAAAACAUAAUAAUACAUCCCAUAGAUGCAUAGGCAAACAUAGUAAUUUCAUUGACACAUAGCUGGAUAAUUAUCCUGAGCUCUUAGUGACUUAGAAAUUGCUCCUUUUGAAGUUUUCUAGGUCUCCUACAUUUUUGUUUUGCCUGUUUUUUUUUCUUUUUAUUUAUUUUAUGAUUUUGCUUUUUGCCCAAUUAUACUUUUCGAAAGGAAGGCAGGCCAGGAAUGAAAAAGAGCCCACACUUGAAUUUAGCACAGCUACAUUUGGGUACCUAGAACUUUACAGGCUCACUUUUAAAACUUUACUUAAAGCAGCAGAGAGAUCCUUUUCUGGUCCUGUUUCCAAAUGUGAGAGUAUUUUCUCCUAUGCUUUAUAAUAUUUUGGAUAAUUUCUAUAGGAAUCUCUAGCUCAAGAAUCUAUCAUUUAAAUGAAAGUUUAAUAAAAGUUAUAAAUAGGUGUCUUGCUUGCAUAAUAUAAUAUAUGUUUCCUGUUGGCUUUAUUCCCACUUCUGCUCCACCCCCAUCUAUAAUCUUUCUCAUAAAGGCCCACAAAGCUUAUAAAUCAAACUGUGUUAGCAAGAGCUGGCUUUUUUUUUUUUUAUCUAGAAGGGAGAGGCAUUCAGUUUGAACUAGUGUACUAGUGCUAGAAAGGUUAGUCCUUCUGAAUUACGAUCUCUCGCUAGCCUCUUCAGUGUUGCUCAGGAAAAUAAUCAUCAUUGGGUAGAUCAACCCCUGCUUUUACUGGGAGGGCAUGGAGUUGCCCAUGUGAGUUGGUGCCCUGCCCUUGGGAGGACAGGGAGCUUUGCCCACGAGAAUGCUGAUGUUUGUGAAACCAGCUGGUUUUUAUGUCCAUGGUUGCUAUGAGUGGUCAGGUGGUAUCUUGGCUUUAGCACCACUGGAAGAUGGCUUUUCUGUCUCUCUGAAUGUCCCACACCUACUCUGGAUGCCCCCAAGUAAAAUUUGUCAGGCCAGGUAGACUAUAUUUUAACUUACAUGAAUAAUGGGUUUAUCUUUCAGAAUGAGGGAUUAGAGUAAAAUUAGGAUUGAAUUUGUGUAUAUGUGUUGGGAAAAUUUCCCAGUAACUAAACAUUUUGGUGUUUUCCAGUAGGUUUUGGAAUCACUUUCUCUGGGGUCCUUAUAAUAGGAUAGAUUCUUUUGAGUCUGGAGUGGUUUACUUUUGGUUCUGAGGGUUGUCUUCCCAAACCUAGGUUCUUGCCUACUUCAGUUAGCAAGGAAUAUUAAAAAAUGGACAUGCUUGCCAAAAAGAGAACUUUUAGACCAACCACCAAACCAGAGGAAAGCUAGGACUUUUUAUUAUAUUUUCUAUAUACGACCUCCCCACCACUCAUGAUUUUUAUUGCCACCCAGUGGCAUUCACGAUAGUAAGUGGGGCCAGUGAUAUUUCAACCUGUUGGGAAGUAGCUAAACUGUAUACUGUGAUAAGAGCUGUUUAUUUGCCCAGCUCCUCUAAGCACUCAUUUCUGAGGCCAGUGUUUUGUUUGUGAGUGUCUUCUCCUCUAUGGUUUCCUGCUUCAGUGAAUAGGAGUGGGAGUUGUGGGGCCUGAGGGGAGGGGACAGGCAGAAGACGGUUGGACUCAUUUCCUGAAUCAUCUUAGGCAUUUUUGCCGUCUCUUGGUUCCAUCGUGGCUCGGCAGCAUUUCUCGCUGGUUUGUCAGACCAACUUUCCCAGGCGCCUCUGGGGGCGGGAAGGAAAACCACACCUUGUUCUGUGUCAGCCAGUUAACAGGCAGAGUUUUGUUCAGUAAAUAUUUAUAAAACCUCCCUACUAACCUCUAGCCGUGCAGCCUUGUUACCUUUGAAAAGUUUAUUCUCCUUCCCUGGCCUCCCAAGUAACUAUCUGGGCCCUGCCAGUACACCUCAGAUGGACGGCGAUGGUCCCCAUCAUCUACAGGCCAGGAGCAGGAAAAUUCAGAUUCGAAACAUCCCUCCUCACCUGCAGUGGGAGGUUUUAGAUGGACUUUUGGCUCAGUAUGGGACAGUGGAGAAUGUGGAACAAGUCAACACAGACACAGAAACUGCUGUUGUCAACGUCACAUAUGCAACAAGAGAAGAAGCAAAAAUAGCCGUCGAGAAGCUAAGCGGGCAUCAGUUUGAGAACUACUCUUUCAAGAUUUCCUACAUCCCGGAUGAAGAGGUGAGCUCCCCUUCGCCCCCUCAGCGAGCCCAGCGUGGGGACCACUCUUCCCGGGAGCAAGGCCACGCCCCUGGGGGCUCUUCUCAGGCCAGACAGAUUGAUUUCCCGCUGCGGAUCCUGGUCCCCACCCAGUUUGUUGGUGCCAUCAUCGGAAAGGAGGGCUUGACCAUAAAGAACAUCACUAAGCAGACCCAGUCCCGGGUAGACAUCCAUAGAAAGGAGAACUCUGGGGCUGCAGAGAAGCCUGUUACCAUCCAUGCCACCCCAGAGGGAACCUCUGAAGCAUGCCGCAUGAUUCUUGAAAUCAUGCAGAAAGAGGCUGAUGAGACCAAACUAGCUGAAGAGAUCCCCCUGAAAAUCUUGGCCCACAAUGGCUUGGUUGGAAGACUGAUUGGGAAAGAAGGCAGAAAUUUGAAGAAAAUUGAACAUGAAACAGGGACCAAGAUAACAAUCUCAUCUUUGCAGGAUUUGAGCAUAUAUAACCCUGAAAGAACCAUCACUGUGAAGGGCACAGUUGAGGCCUGUGCCAAUGCUGAGAUAGAGAUCAUGAAGAAGCUCCGAGAGGCCUUUGAAAAUGAUAUGCUGGCUGUUAACCAACAAGCCAAUCUGAUCCCAGGGUUGAAUCUCAGCGCACUUGGCAUCUUUUCAACAGGACUGUCCGUGCUGCCUCCACCAGCAGGGCCCCGCGGAGCUCCCCCCGCUGCCCCCUACCACCCCUUCGCUACCCACUCCGGAUACUUCUCCAGCCUGUACCCCCAUCACCAGUUCAGCCCGUUUCCACAUCAUCACUCUUAUCCAGAGCAGGAGAUUGUGAAUCUCUUCAUCCCGACCCAGGCUGUGGGCGCCAUCAUCGGGAAGAAAGGGGCGCACAUCAAACAGCUGGCAAGAUUCGCCGGAGCCUCCAUUAAGAUUGCCCCAGCGGAAGGCCCAGACGUCAGUGAAAGGAUGGUCAUCAUCACCGGGCCACCUGAAGCCCAGUUCAAGGCCCAGGGACGGAUCUUUGGAAAACUGAAAGAAGAAAACUUCUUUAACCCCAAAGAAGAAGUGAAGCUGGAAGCCCAUAUCAGAGUGCCCUCUUCCACAGCUGGCCGGGUGAUUGGCAAAGGUGGCAAAACCGUGAAUGAACUGCAGAACUUAACCAGUGCAGAAGUCAUCGUGCCUCGUGACCAGACACCGGAUGAAAAUGAGGAAGUGAUCGUCAGAAUUAUCGGGCAUUUCUUUGCUAGCCAGGCAAAGCAGUGCUCUGAGUAUCACAUCACACAAAAGGAACAAAAGCGAAACACACAAACCAGCCUCAACUUACACUUGGUUACUCAAAAGAACAAGAGUCAAUGGUACUUGUCCUAGCAUUUUGGAAGAGGAAAACAGGAACCCAUCAAACCAACCAACCAAACAAAGAAAAAUUCCACAACGAAAGAAUGUAUUUUGUCUUUUUACAUUUUGGUGUAUAAGCCAUUAAUAUUCAGCAAAAUGAUUUCUUUCUUUUAAAAAAAAAUGUGGAGGAAAAAUAGCAAUUUAUACAAGGUUGUUGGCCCAGGGCGUUAAAUUUACAGAUUUUUUUAACGAGAAAAACACACAAAAAAAAGCUACCUCAGGUGUUUUUUACCUCAGCACCUUGCUCUUGUGUUUCCCUUAGAGAUUUUGUAAAACUGAUAGUUGGAGCAUUUUUUUAUUUUUUUAAUAAAAAUGAGUUGGAAAAAAAAUAAGAUAUCAACUGCCAGCCUGGAGAAGGUGACAGUCCAAGUGUGCAACAACUGUUCUGAAUUGUCUUCCGCUAGCCAAGAACCUAUAUGGCCUUCUUUUGGACAAACCUUGAAAAUGUUUAUUAAAAAAUAUAUAUGAAAAAGAAAAACAGAGAGAGAAAAUAUUGGAGAUGUCCUGAAUUUCAUAGGGUACGCGCCAUUAGGGCUUUUUGCGCUAAAGGAUGAACAUGUACUGGUUUAUGUGAACAAGCCAUUAUACCACCAGACUGCAAUGCCAGUUUCCUCUACUGCAAACAGUGUUCUGUGACAAAAAAACAAAACAACAAAAAAAAGAAAAAAAAAAAAAAAA